AUGAAAUGGCGCGAGCCCGACGCGUCGCAGGAGUCUGUUCCGGCCCACCACCCUAAAACGGUUGGCAACCAUCUUGUGAUGGCCAUUGGACUUUCGUUAUCGAAUGAAAGUGUUCAAAACAGCUACUUCAUCGCCUCGCACUUGCUCCAACGCUUUGGAUAUUGCUUGCGACAACCCGCUGAGCAGCAGGGAUCACUACGGUUUCUGUCUCGUGUAGAGAAAAACCUCGGGUGGCGCACGUCGUGGAUCGGGCGAGAACUGGAGCGCCAAUGGAUGGACCAGGCGGCUUUGGAUUUCGCGGCCGAUUGAAAGUAUCUUUUGGCGACAAUCGCGCUUCUACCGCAGAAAACGGUUACGCACGACCAGCCGCACAAUCAAUUAGGGGCCUGGUGCACUGACCCUGGUCCAGGAGUCUCACGAUUUCGGUGUCAAGCGGAUGCGGAGCUCUCACUAGCGGCCGACGAUUGUUAGGAAAAAGGCCCCAAGAGAGCAUUUCAUGAAUGGAUGCAAGAACCAAAAUGGUUGCAAACACAGUUGGAGUGGCCAUGCCACAUGUCCGUUCACAUCCCUCGGUUCUAAACCUG